AUGCCGACCGUCAGAAGCCUCAGCAUACCGUCAGUACGACUUGUACUGUCGUACAUCUUCGACUGGAUUUGCAUCAUCGCCAUUGCCGCUGUCGGUGCAGGCUGGGAGUUCCUGACGCCCUUCAAACGACCCUUUUCGCCCGUCAACCUCGAUAUAUCGUAUCCCUUUGAGAAUCACGAGACCAUUCCAACAUGGCUCAUGGCUGUCAUUGGACUCGUCAUUCCUGCAGCCGUUAUCUUCCUCGUGUGUAUUGUAUUUGUACCAGGACCGACGGCCAGCCGUGGCACGCCCAAAUCGCUCAUCUGGAGGAGAAAGCUAUGGGAAUGGAACACAGGUUGGAUGGGUCUUGCGCUGUCUCUUGCGACUGCCUUCAUGAUUACCCAGGGCAUGAAGCUGUUAUUUGGAAAGCCGCGACCUGAUCUACUUUCGCGCUGCCAACCAGACCUCAGCCGUCUUCAAGAGACGGCAAUCAACGACAUCGUUGGCGCCGAGUUUAAUGCAGCAUGGGUCUUGGUGACUGAUGCCAUAUGUACCAGCACAGACGAAGACAUCAUGAAGGAUGGGUUCAAAUCCUUUCCCAGUGGCCACGCCAGCUUCUCUUGGGCAGGUCUGCUCUACCUGACGUUGUUUCUUGCAUCCAAGUUCUCGGUUGCGAUCCCCUUCCUCGCACCUCGCCCUUUCUCGACCAAUACAGCCUAUACGUCCGCCGUCACCCCCUCCAAUCUCAAGUCGCGCGGCUCGACCGACCGCUCGAUCCUCCCCGUUCACAAGCAGGAGUCCACACUGUCCACCUCCGGAUACACCGAGAAUGAUACCGUAGUACCAAUUCGCUAUCAGUCGGCAGCGCCACCCGUGUACACACUCGUUUUGAUCCUGACACCGGUUGGGACGGCGAUCUAUGUUGCAAGCACACGGUUCACCGACUUCAGGCACUUCGGUUUCGACCUAAUUUUUGGGAGUUUGAUCGGCAUCACAACAGCAUGGUUCUCGUUCCGCUGGUACCAUCUGCCCAUCACACGUGGAGCGGGGUGGGCUUGGGGCCCGAGGAGCUAUCAGCGUGCAUGGGGUAUUGGUGUUGGGGUGGGCAGUUACGUUGGGACCGAGGGUUGGAGCAGGGUUGGUAAAAGUGAGAUACCGAGGAACGGUGCACGUGUUGAUGAUGGCGUGACUGGUGCUCAUUACCAAGGUUACUCGGCGGAGGCGACGAGCCAGGAUGGAAUCAUUGAGAUGGAGAGACGCGACGGGAUGAGGGGUCGGGGCGAUGGUACAACGGCGAACGAGCCAUAUGUGCCGCAUACACAGGGUGGGCAUGCUGUCUAG